AUGGACUUUUACAAACAUAAAGCAGUUGAAGACUGGACUUGCGAAAAGCUUAUAGAGUUUUAUCGUACUACUUCAGAACAAAAGGACCGGAAAAAAGUACUAGAUAGCAUAAAAAAAGAUCUCAAAAAGGUAAAAGAAGCGAACUCUGAAUUCGACACGACGCGUAAGAGAAAGGCUCAAAGAAUCGUUGACAACUGGAAAAGUUGGACCACAAUGAGCAAUGAUACAGGUAUCAAGUUCGAGUUUAAUCAGGUACAACAACAGGUGCUCGCGACUGGUAAUACAGUGUCUAUCGAUAAUAUCGACAAUCGUCGUUCAACUGGUAAACAUUUCCGAGAUGAUGAAGAGGAAACAACGGAUGAUGUAGUCCCAAUGGAGCAGACGAAAAAGCUUCCUUGUGAGUUUGAAACUCCUCAAAUAAAAAGACCGAGAAAUGUUCCCUCUAUGAAUAAUCUGCAACAAGAAGCAAUCGUUAACACUGGGCUGACAACUAGCGACGAAUUUAAUACCGAAAAAUCAGGAGAGGCAAAAACGUUUGGUGUUUCAUUUGACGAGUAUAUUGAUUCAGGCGUGAACAUACAAGACAAAAGUGAGGUAACUGAGCCAAGUGAAGAUCUUGAGGAUGAGAACGAUGAGGAAGUAAAGUUUGAUCUUAAUGAUAUAUCAGGAGAAUUACAGCGCGAGCCAGCAGUUAAAUGGGAAGUCGACAAUAUUAACGUAACAGAUAGAUUUCGGAACUACCAAAAAAAUAUACUCAGGAAGGCGGAACGAGAAGGUUUAGAUUACGAAGACAUUUACGAAUCUCUAGCGUUAUCUUCAAUCAUUGUUCUCAGCUGGCCGUGUCCAUAUCCUAAGAUAUUUACGAAUCAAGAAUGGGCAGAAAUUAUAAAAUCAAAUCCAUACACUAUUAAAAACUCCCCACUUUCAAAAGAGGUUUCAACGUCCCUUCAUGAAACAACUUGUAACAAUUUCAUCGGUGAAGAUGUUUUUAUGAAUGGUGGAAAAACGAAGCUAAGUAGAGAUGUAGCGUGCUCAUUCAAUGAUUUAUAUAAUGGCCUAUCAAUGUCCCUAUCAAAAAUGAUGGAAAAAAUAACAGAAGAAGAACAUUGUUACAUGUUUCUCUACCCAGUUACCAAACCCUUCUUUCUUAAUCCUUUAAGGGAGUACAAACUUGUUCUGAACCGUGCAACAUCAGGGUCAAGAAAAAGGCCCGACCUUUCUUGUGUAGUUGACAAUGUCACAAUUCUCAACUCGGAAAUAAAACCUUUAAAAUGUACACCACUACAGCAGAAAAAAGACACUGUAAAAGCACAAUUACGAGCCCACAAAUCAAUUAAUAUGCAACUACAAAAAAAAGGUGGUCCGGCCGAAGCCGGUAUAUUUUUAAAUAUGGGGGAAUGGAUGGAAUCGUUUUUCAUGGAUCUAAGGUAUGACGGACUAUACCGUUCCUGGAUGUUUCUUAGGACAAAGUUAGUAGUCGAGAAGGCUUCAAUCCCAUUAGCAGAGUUUGCAAUUAGCCAUGUUAUUGCUUUGGAAGAACGUGUUGGAAAGCUUGCAGAGGACUACAAAUAUCGAGAUAGUCAAAAUAAUCAAAAAAAUCGAAAUGAUCAAACUAUGCCACCUAUAUCUUUCAUUCGUAAAUUUCCAAAUACUCCACAA